AGCCGCGCCGGCCCCUGAAGUGAUGAAAGCCCGAGCAGAGUCCAGGUCACGCCGAAGCCGUUGCCCUUUUAAGGGGGAGCCUUGAAACGGCGCCCGGGUUCCAUGUUUGCAUCCGCCUCGCGGGGAGGAAACUCCAUGUUGUAACAAAGUUUCCUCCGCGCCCCCUCCCUCCCCCUCCCCCUUAGAACCUGGCUCCCCUCCCCUCCGAAGCUCGCGGGGAUCCCUCCCUCCCACCCCUCCCCUCCCCCCCGCGCCCCGAUUCCGGCCCGAGCCGGGGGGGAGGCCGGGCGCCCGGGCCAGAGUCCGGCCGGAGCGGAGCGCGCCCGGCCCCAUGGACAGCUCGGCAGUCAUUACUCAGAUCACCAAGGAGGAAGCGCGGAGUCCGCUACGGGGCAAAGGUGACCAGAAGUCUACAGCUUCCCAGAAGCCCCGGAGUCGGGGCAUCCUCCACUCACUUUUCUGCUGCGUCUGCCGGGACGAUGGGGAGGCCCUGCCUGCCCACAGCGGGGCGCCUCUGCUGGUGGAGGAGAAUGGUGCCGUCCCCAAGCAGAGCCCCGUCCAGUACCUGCUCCCCGAGGCCAAGGCCCAGGACUCGGACAAGAUCUGCGUGGUCAUCGACCUGGAUGAGACGCUGGUGCACAGCUCCUUCAAGCCAGUGAACAAUGCCGACUUCAUCAUCCCUGUGGAGAUCGAUGGGGUGGUCCACCAGGUCUAUGUGCUGAAGCGGCCCCACGUUGACGAGUUCCUGCAGCGGAUGGGUGAGCUCUUCGAAUGCGUGCUGUUCACCGCCAGCCUUGCCAAGUACGCAGACCCAGUAGCUGACCUGCUGGACAAGUGGGGGGCCUUCCGGGCGCGGCUGUUUCGAGAGUCAUGCGUCUUCCACCGGGGGAACUACGUGAAGGACCUGAGCCGGCUGGGCCGAGACCUUCGGCGGGUGCUCAUCCUGGACAACUCGCCCGCCUCCUAUGUCUUCCAUCCAGAUAACGCCGUACCAGUAGCCUCGUGGUUUGACAACAUGAGUGACACAGAGCUCCACGAUCUCCUGCCCUUCUUCGAGCAGCUCAGCCGCGUGGAUGACGUGUACUCAGUGCUCAGGCAGCCUCGGCCCGGCAGCUAGUGAGGCGCCACGGGGCCAGGACCUGCCCCUGACUAUACCUGCACCCCUCAUACGUGGACUCUUCCUUAAGAACACUCAGCGCCAUGGGGAAGUGGGCAUCGCCCCCGCCAGCCUGGCCAGGCUGUGGAGGGGGCCCCAGGCUGCACCAAGGGUGACGAAGUCCCUGGGUCCCUGUGUCAGUGCCUUAGAACCUUCUCCUCCUUCUUGGGGGACCUCUGGGGCCCUGUGUGCCGUGCUCCCUCUCUUCUCUCCCUCUCUCUGUACCACCGUGUUUCUUUGCUGCCAAACUGGGCCCCUCGGCCCCUUCUGAUCCUGCCUGGGGGAGGAGCAAGGUUUUGCUGCCCCACGCCUUGGGCCCCCAGCCUGGGAACUGUGGACACCAAGUGCCUUUCCGAGAGCCCUCUUCCCUGCCUGGUUUUCCCAGGGCCACAAUCCGGGUCAGUUCAUGCCUGGUAAAACCUUCAGGUUGCUGCAAUCGAGGCUGGUGGGGGUCGGACCCUGUCUCCCCACCUCCUCCCUCCCUUGAGAUGGCCACGCCCCCACCAGUCUGCCCAGGAGAGAUCCCUCACCCCUUGUGAAGGGAGCAGGGUUCUAGUCUGUUAGGACCCCGGGAAUCAGCUUCUCUGGGCUCAUCAGCACCUGAGGGGCUACUUCCUACAUGGCUGAGCUCCAGCCUCUCCUGUCUGCCCUGACCCCGCUGAGGCCCUGGGGCUUGACACCCCUGGCUCCAAGUGUGGGGGCAUAAGAAGGAAAGGACCCUUUUGUGGUGCCAUAUAAAUAUGUAUAUGUGUAUAUAGAUUUUUAGGGGAAGGGGAGAGGGAAGGGUUGGGGUAGAGACCCCCCUCCCUCACCCCUUUCCUGGGCCCAUAAAUUGGGGGGAGGAGGGAAAGGAUUUUUACCUUUUUUAAACUGCUAUUCUCUGAAUGCAACAGGCUGGGCCAAGGGGCCCCAGGCCCUGACCUUUGUCCCUCACACUCUCUUCGCUGUGUUCAUUCAUUCAAAAAGCAUUUAUUGAGCACCUUCUCUGUGCCCAGUGCUGUGCCAGGCCCACCAGCCAAGUGUGGGGGUAAGACUGAGCACCACCUAAACAAUGCCUACCCCACCCACCCUGUACUUCACUGGUGCCUUUCGGGGAUCUGUAGGAGGUGGGACCCUUCUUAUGGGGUUUGGGGGUCUCCAGGAAGCCUGGCCAAGCUGUCCCCCUCCCCUGUGCCAACCCACCCCUGCAGCCCUCUGCCCCCCCCCCCCCCCCCCCCCCCCCCCCCCGGCUGGCUGGGGGCAGUUCCCAGGACGUCCUGCCUGCCAGCCCUGACUCCUUUAUCUGGAAUGCCUACCCCGAAUGCUGAGUCUGAGGGUCAAGGCCUUGGGCUCUCCCCAGGGCGUAACGGUUAAGGGGACCCACUACGAGUGCCAAGGGGGAUGUCAAGUGGAGUCCCCCGCUCCCCCUCUGGGAGGGAGGACAUGGUUGGUGUGAAUCAGGUAACCCUACGAUUUAAGUGCCUUCUCUGUGUUGGACAACCCCACAGUGCGAUGAGAACUAAAGAGACUGCCAGACCCCCCCCCCA